AAUUUUUUUCUCUUUGGAGCCUUUAGAACCCAUUUUCUCUCGCUGUGUUUGGGGCCUGUGCGUGUUGUCUGCUUGUUUCUCUCUCACUGUCUCGUCCACUUGAUCCGCUGUGGUGCUCACUGUUAACAAAACGUCUGUGUCGCUUGUCCAUUGGUGCUUCAAUUGAAUAACACGGUGGAAUAAACCGGGAGAAGAAAAGAGGAAGGAUCACCAACUACUUUUACGCUCAUUUAUACCCUCUGAUUUGCUCCCCUUCGUUUCCUCCGCUUCUGCUGCUGAACCCACCCCAUUUCUGAGUUAUACCACAAGUGAUGGCUUCGAAGAUUAACAACCACCCCAGUGUUGAUAACUUUGCCCAUAGCGCUGCGAGGGCAGCGCUCUCUCAGAACAACAACGUCCAGAAUGUGCCGGUGGUGCCUAGGAAAAACGCGUCAACGCCCAAAGUCACUGAGCAGACCGCCAAUGAGAUCGAUAGAAUCGUUGUCUCCGUUGAAAACGCUACAAAGCGGUUGUCCCAGAUCUCGACAAACACCAACUCGUCAAAGAGGAAGUCGAAGAACCACGUUGGACCCUGGAGAUUGGGCCGUACACUUGGUAAGGGCUCCACAGGUAGGGUCCGUUUAGCAAAGCAUUCGGAGACUGGACAGUUGGCUGCUGUAAAGAUUGUCCCCAAGUCUAAGUUCCAAAAGGAUGGCAAGGCUGACAAGGCGAUCUGCUCUCCCUAUGGUAUUGAGAGGGAAAUCAUCAUCAUGAAGUUGAUCUCGCACCCUAAUAUCAUGGCUUUGUAUGACGUGUGGGAAAAUAAAGGCGAGCUCUACCUGGUGCUCGAAUACGUCGAAGGCGGUGAACUGUUCGACUACCUCAUCAAGAAGGGGAAACUCCCUGAACGUGAGGCGGUCCACUAUUUUAGACAGAUCAUUAGCGGUGUUAGCUAUUGCCAUCAGUUCAACAUCUGUCAUCGUGAUCUCAAGCCGGAGAACCUGUUGCUCGAUAAGAACAACAACAUCAAGAUUGCCGAUUUCGGUAUGGCUGCUCUGGAGAUGAAUCAACAGCUCUUGGAGACAAGUUGUGGUUCUCCACAUUACGCAUCGCCUGAAAUCGUCACUGGUAAAUCGUACCAUGGCUCUCCAAGUGAUAUUUGGUCCUGUGGUAUCAUACUGUUUGCUCUUCUCACGGGUCAUUUACCGUUUGAUGAUGAAAAUAUCAGAAACUUAUUGCUCAAAGUUCGUGCAGGUAGGUUCGUGAUGCCAAAUUACCUUACGCCAGAGGCCAAGGACCUUAUCUGGAAAAUGUUGAAAGUUAACCCAGCAGAGAGAAUCAAAAUUAACGAUAUCUUCAAGCAUACCUUGUUGAAGAAGUACGAAACCUCAGCAUUGCUGAAAACCAAAAAGAAGAACCAGGAGAAAGUGGAUUCUUACUACAACGAUGUUUCCAAUAUGGUGUUGAAGAAAUCAGAUAUUGAUCAAGACAUUCUUAAGAGUCUUUCUGUUUUAUUCCACGGUGCUACAGAACAGUCACUCAUUCCCAAAUUGAUAUCUAGAAGAUCAAAUCCGGAGAGAAUGUUUUACUACCUCUUGUUGAACUAUAAGCAACAACACCAGACAAAGGAAAAGUCUGAAAUGUCUCAUAAGAACUCCAAGAAGAAGAAGAUUGGAGCUGGUGAUGGCACUCUUAAGAAAUCGAAGAGCAUGUCUAAGACGACAAUCACUAACGAGGAUGGCUCUCAAAUUGUAAAGACCGAACAGGUCGAAAUGCCUCCAAUACCAGUGGCCCCAGUGAUCAAGUCGAUCAAGAACGCGUCGGGACAAAUUCAAAUCUCUGCAUCGAACUCUUACCGUCGUGGAAUCUCGUUCAAUACGAACAACAACGGUAAUAGAUCUGCUCACGUGUCGAGAUCAUCGAGUAGAAGAUCGUUUGCUUCUAACAAUAACAAUGCGAUCUUGAAGAAACACAAAAGUAUUCUACCACCGUUGCCUGAUUUGGAUGUUGAUUGGUUGAGCUUCGGUGAUGAUGGUAUGCCUAAAGGUGAAUUUGCCGAGCUCUACGAGGAGAUCUUUAACUUUAACGGUAUAAAAAAGGAACCAAAGAGUAGGGACGAUGAUAGAUUCAUUACAUCUUCUCCUUUGCCUUCAAAAAUUGAAAUGACUUUAAAACAAGAAGAAGACAAGGAGAACAUGCCGUUGGGAAUUGCACGUCAAAGACCAAAAAUGUCUUCGAGCUCGCCUAAAGUGGCAGCGCUCUCUCCAAGACGAACAAGGCCUUUACCAACAGAGUCACAUCCACCUUCCAUUGCUGCACCGGUGGCUCCUGUUGCCAAGUUACCACCAAUGACUGAUGUGGAUUAUAGCUCUCAAAGACGUGCUGUUACUGAACCAACACCUGAGCUAAAACCAACAACUUUGGAUCCAAGUUAUAAGAAGAGUGGAGCUACUGACAUGAAUCCAAAUGCUGUACUUCAGAGAUUGGGUGUGUCUCUGCAACGAGAUCACAAGACUCGCUCGAAGAUUUAUUACUCAAAGUCUUCCACCUCCAUCAACCUUGCAGCUAUUUUACAAGGAAACCAGAACGAUUUACCGCCUUUGCCAAACGCAGAUAUAGUAACUUCCACUGUUCCUGCUACCACUAAUGCUGCUGCUGCUGCUGAAUCUAGUGCCGCUGGGUCGACCCUUGUGUCACAGGCUCCAGAUUAUAGAAUAUCAUCAUCAAACUACGGUUCAAUACGUAGUGGUUGCUCAGAUGACGAUGGAACUAUUUCUGUUGCCACGAAAGAAUUGACAAAGGAGCUGACUUUUGAUUUCGAAGUUCCAACAAUGACUGAAGUUGCCACUGCAGUGCCAAUGUCUGCUGCAUCAAAUGUCACUGUAGGUAGCAAGUUGACUCCAAGGGAAGACAGUAUGUUUGUUGAUGUCGCUGCCUCGGAACAGAACCUCCUAAAAUUGUCCACAUCUACCCAUUCGACUAUUAAACACCGUAGAAAAGUUUCGACUGAUCCGAAACAUAUCUAUGCUGCAAUGGUGGACUUCAGAGGUAGUCUGUAUAACAACCCAAGUGAUUUGAGAGAUGAUGACGUUCCUGUACCUCAACUUGGAGAAUUUGAGAGACCCAAAUUUUCAACUGUUGAUGACUUUAAUGAGACAAAGAGUUCGAUUAUGGAUAACUCAAUAUUUGCUGAUAAUACCGAUGAUGAUUUGGAAUCCGGUGGUGCCAAACGCGUUACUAUGAUCUUUGACGAUUUCCAAGAUGAGAACGACAAUGACAGUGCAGGUUCACGAACUGACGAUUCUCCAGUGAAAAGUUCUAUGGCGCCAUUUGCCCAAACCGGACAAGAAUCGCCAACACGUUAUAAACCAGUUGAGGAGUCACCAUUGAAGAAACUACGUGAUGAUUCCUUUGUGGAGUCCAUUAAUAGUGUCAUUGUUCCGCCAAAGAAGCUCACUCCUCAGAGACCUGCACCAUCUGCUCCUUUGAAACGUGAAGACACCAUGAAGAAGAGCAAUUGGUUCACAAAGUUUUUCUCCAGCUUGAUGUCAAGUGAAUCUGAUCAGAAGAAGAAGAAGAAGAAACAAAACACAAAGCUGUUUGAAACUGAAGUACCAGUGGCUCGUAUGCGUAAGUCCAUUGAAGUGCUUCUUGAGUUGAAGCGUAAAGAGGGUACACUAAGAAAUAUCAAAGCCACUAGUGAUACCAUCAGUGCUACUGUUCCCGCUGCCUACACUUUGGGAUCGCCUUUGAAGUUUGAGAUCAAAUUUUCUAGCUCGUCUCGGAUAGAACUUACAAAGAUCAAAGGUCCAAAAAAAGUGUUCAAGAACCUGGUCAGUGCUAUGGACUUUGUGGUUGAAACUGAACUACAGAGAUAUAAAGAAGAGAAUCGCAAGGUCUAGACG